GAGCCGAUUAUUAUGUAAACAAAUGCUAAUGAAAACACAAUUACAUGCACAAAAAUUGUAAUUAACAUUUUUCCGGUUAUGAAAUUGACUAGGAAUUGAUCGUGCUAACAAUUUUUCCAGUUUUUCGAUUUUAUUUUUCGUUUCGUUUCGGAGCUGUUUUGGGAUACCUAUUUGAAGAAAUAAUGUCUCUAACCUCAUUAAUUAAAAUUCCAUCCAGCAAAGUUUGUUCUGCCUCUGUGAUAUUUUUACAUGGUUCAGGUGACGCAGGUCAAGCAUUUUACAACUGGGUCAAGUUCCUAGUAGGAGAUUUUACGUCUCCUCACAUCAGUUACUAUUUUCCGACAGCCCCUUUGAGGCCUUAUACACCUUUAAAAGGCGAGGAAAGUUAUGUUUGGUUUGACAGAUAUAGUAUUACACCGGAGGUGCCGGAGCAUGCCGAAACCCUACUAGAAGUGGGAGAACAAAUGAAGAUUUUAAUAAAUGAUAUCGUAAACACAGGAGUGCCAUUAAAUCGGAUUAUUGUUGGUGGAUUUUCAAUGGGAGGAGCUCUUGCCCUCCAUACCGCAUACCGUUUUACUCCCGGACUAGCAGGUGUUUUUGCCUUAUCUUCUUUUUUAAACAAAAAUUCGGCGGUUUAUUCAGAACUGAAGGAGGCACAGACACCACUGUAUAUGGCACAUGGGGAAAGAGAUACAAUGGUACCUAUUUCCUGGGGCAAACGCACUUUUGACGAGUUAACGAAAUUAGGCGUGAAGGGAGAGUUCGUGCCUCUCAGUUAUACUUUACACGAGAUUAAAAAGGGCGAAAUUGAAGCUUUAUUUAAGUGGAUUGAACAUAUAUUACCUCCUGUAGAGGAAAUUAAAUCUUAGAUAAUAGGAUAUUUUCUGACUGUGGUUUCUUGUUUGUAGCCAAGAUAAGUAUAAAACGUAUUUGUAAGUUUUAUACAUUUUAAUAUAUUGUAUACAUUACAUGUC